CUAUAUAUAUCUAUGCAAAGGCAUCGGAUCAAAGUAAAUAAUCACGAAUGGCGUCACCGCUCUUACACAAACAUCACUUGACAGCAGUUGUUGGCAGUUCAUUUAAAUUGCAGAGAUAUGUGAACUAGGCACAAUUGUUUAUUUCUGUUGUCAUUUUCAGCCAUAAAUAUAACUUUAAAGAUAUAGGCUAUAGUUAAACAUGGUGGUCUGUCCUGUGUUGCUUGGCUAGUCUUUGAUAAACCAAAUCUAGCCUUACGAACAGCAUCAUCUCACCACUGGUCAGACUAACUGCUAGUUUAGGUGUUGUCAUUUUCUUUAGUCUGUGGCCCAACAGGUAAAUUAGGUCUCCAACCUAAUGUUAGUGAAAGUGUUAAAUUGUAUGUACGGGAUGCAGGAAAUUUCUACCCUUUUGUUAUUGGAAACAAACAUUGUGAUUGGGUCUGACGUUAUAGGCCUACUCAGAAUUUAUUUCAGCUGUAAAACAACAAGCUGUUAUUCAAAGGGUUUUGAGGACAUCUAAGAGAAAUGAAGAAAGCAGUUAGGAAGAGUAACAAGAUGUCUCAAGAUCUUUUCCACACCGCUCCGUGCUGUCCAGAGAUUGAGAAAUCACAUCUCCUGUAUGUGCCUGAGAAACCUCGGGGGCUGGCAUUACCCAAUGUCAGGACUGAGGAUGACAGGGUGAAGGAGAUACCUAAAUUGGAGAUAAGAGAAAUAAGGGAGGAAAGAGUCAGGGAGAAAAAUUACAGAAGAAAGCUGAAAGAGGGAAAGUUGGGUUUGAUUGAGAAGAAUAAAAAUAGGACCGCUAAGUUGGUGGACCAACUUGAAUGUCUAAAGGAGACAAACCAAGCAGUGAUUAAUCGUCUGAGGGAAGAUGUGAAUUACCUUAAACCUAGUUUAAAGGAGGCUCAGCAAGAAAAAUAUGUGCUCUUACAGAAGGUGGCCCAACUUGAAUGUUUAGAACAGACAAACCAAGCAGAGAUUAACCGUCUGAAAGAAGAAGUGAACUACCUUAAGCCUCGUUUAAAGGAGGCUCAACAAGAAAAAGAUGUGCUUUUACAGAAGGUUGCCCAAUUUGAAUGUCUAGAGGAGACAAACCAAGCAGCAAAUAACUGUCUGAGGGAAGAUGUGAAUUACCUUAAACCUAGUUUAAAGGAGGCUCAGCAAGAAAAAGAUGUGCUCUUACAGAAGGUGGCCCAACUUGAAUGUUUAAAACAGACAAACCAAGCAGAGAUUAACCGUCUGAGAGAAGAGGUCAAUGACCUCAAGCCACGUUUAAAGGAGGCUCAGCAAGACAAAAAUGUGCUUUUACAGAAGGUUGCCCAACUUGAAUGUCUAGAGGAGAUAAACCAAGCAGUGAUUAACCGUCUGAGAGAUGGAGUGAAUGACCUUAACCCUCGUUUAAAGGAGGCUCAGCAAGAAAAAGAUGUGCUCUUACAGAAGGUUACCAAACUUGAAUGUCUGGAGGAAACAAACCAAGCAGAGAUUAACCAUCUGAGAGAAGAAGUGAAUGACCUUAGGCCGCGUUUAAAGGAGGCUCAGCAAGACAAAGAUGUGCUCUUACAGAAGGUUACCAAACUUGAAUGUCUGGAGGAAACAAACCAAGCAGAGAUUAACCGUCUGACGGAAACCGUGAAUAUCUUUGAGCCUUGUGCGGCCCAACCUGAAUGUCUACAGGAGACAAACCAAGCAGAGAAUAAUUGUCUGAGGGAAGAUUUGAAUGACCUUAAACCUACUUUAAAGGAGGCUCAGCAAGAAAAAGAUGUGCUCUUACAGAAGGUGGCCCAACUUGAAUGUUUAAAACAGACAAACCAAGCAGAGAUUAACCGUCUGAGAGAAGAGGUCAGUGACCUCAAGCCACGUUUAAAGGAGGCUCAGCAAGACAAAAAUGUGCUUUUACAGAAGGUUGCCCAACUUGAAUAUCUAGAGGAGAUAAACCAAGCAGUGAUUAACCGUCUGAGAGAUGGAGUGAAUGACCUUAACCCUCGUUUAAAGGAGGCUCAGCAAGAAAAAGAUGUGCUUGUACAGAAGGUGGCCCAACUUGAACACAAUGAUAAGAUACUGCAGACAAAGAUCAUAAACCUAUUGGCAACAGUGCAGGAUCAAGAGGAAAGAGAGAACUCUCUCAACAAGCAGAAUAAGACCAUUUGUGAUGAACUGGCCAGGCUUGAAUCUCACACAGACAAAAUGCAGGCAGAGGACGGUAAUUUGUGGGCAGAAGUUCAUGAUCUGCAGGAAAAAGAGAACAUCCUAACUGAGAAGAACCAGAGCCUGAGUGCUGAGGUGGCCCUCCUUGAAUCUCUGAAAGAGAAACAUCAAGUAAAGAUUGAACAUCUGUCUGAAGAAGUGCAUGAUCUUCGACGUCAAGUAAGAGAAGCUCAGAAAGUACACAGGGAUAACGAUGAGGAAAUUAGCCUACAGAAGCUGACUAAUGAUCAAUAUCUGACAGAGAUAAACAAAUUGAGGCUAGCAUUGCAUGGUUCUCAGGUAAACGAAGUCUUUAUGAAGGAGCAGAAUGAGAGCGUCACCAAGAAGCUGGCUCCACUUGAGUCCCUGACAGUGAAACAAAACAAGAACAUUGAAAACCUGAAGAAAGAUGUGCAAGAUCUUCAGUACCAAGUAAUGGAUGCUGAGCAAAACAUCUGGAUUAAGGAUGAGAUAAUAACUAAGCAAUCCCACAAAAUUGCUUAUUAUAAUGAAGAUUUAGAGGAGCUUAACAACCUAAUAAGCAAUUUAAAACAAACAAUCUCUGAUCUUAAAGAGCAGCUAGAGACAAGGCAGGAGGUAGAGAUACUAGCUGGUGUUGAGAAUUUCCGAGAGGAACAUAGCAUUGUAGCUAAAGAUAAAGACUCACCUGAUGAGCAAAACGAUGAGAUCCCCCUCGAGACUAAACCUGAGGAGCAAAACAAUGAGAUCUUCCUUGAGACUAAACCUGAGGAACAGAGCGCUGAACUCCUCCUCGUGACUACACCUGAGGAACAGAGCGAUGAGAUCCUCCUCGAGACUACACCUGAGGAACAGAGCGGUGAAAUCCUCCUCGAGACUACACCUGAGGAACAGAGCAAUGAGAUCCUCCUUGUGACUACACCUGAGGAACAGAGCGAUGAGAUCCUCCUCGAGACUACACCUGAGGAACAGAGCGGUGAAAUCCUCCUCGAGAUUACACCUGAGGAACAGAGCGGUGAGAUCCUCCUCGAGACUAUACCUGAGGAGUGGAGCGAAGAGAGCAUCAAGGGGACUCCAGCUGCUCAGGCUAAGACCAGUAGCUGGUGGCGUCGCUGUGCUAAAGGUACACUGAAAGUGUGUUGGCAUGUUGGCUUAAUCACUGCCGUUACGGUUAUUACCAUGGGUAUCCUGACAACCAAAGGGAAUGCCAACUGCAAUACAGCCUGUAACUGCAACCUGUGGGACUGUGCCUACAGCCUGCUACAGCCGACCUGCAACGGCCAUCCCAGGGUGCUUCAUCCCUUCUGAACAGUGAAGGUUCAGUUAUGUAUGUAUAAAUAUAAAUCAUGAAUAUGAAAUAUAUUCAUCAUUUCUAUUUAUUUAGCAGGGCGACAUGGUGGUGCAGUGGUGGUCACUGUCACCAAACAGAAGGCAGGCCUUUCUGUGUUGAAUUUGCAUGUUCCCCCCUGUGUGGGUUUUCUCCAGGUGCUCUGGUUUCCUCCCACAAUCCAAAGACAUGCAGGCCAUCAAUUAAUAAAAUAAAACCUAAAAAAAACAUUUGGAGG